AUUUCACCAACUCUUUCAGGUUUCUUCUCACAAAAUGAACAUUCCAUUUCUUGUCUGCAUUCUUGUCCGACUUUUAGCAACAUCCCAUGCUUCAUCUUACCACUCUCACGGCCACCGUCACGUCAAAAUUAACGAACAACCGCUGUCGGAAAUUGCCAUCCACGAGGCGGUUUUAGCGCUUCACGAGAAUGCCACUGUUAAAGCCUCGCCUUAUGUUCUCGGCUUAAAGGGUGAGGAUACUGAGUGGGUCAACAUCGAAGUUGACUAUCCUGAACCCUCCUCGGAUGAUUGGAUCGCUGUGUUUUCUCCAGCGAAAUUCAAUGGAUCCACUUGUACUUAUGAAGAUUAUACAAGAAUACAGUCUCCAUAUAUAUGUUCAUCUCCUAUAAAGUUCAUGUUCGCAAAUUACUCGAAUCCAAAGUACACGGAAACCGGCAAGAGUGUGCUCAAGUUGCAGAUCAUAAACCAGCGAGCUGAUUUCUCCUUCGCAUUGUUCUCCGGUGGCUUGUCAACGCCGAAGCUAAUUGCGGUUUCAAAUACGAUAACUUUCGCAAAUCCGAAAGCUCCUCUUUAUCCACGUCUCGCUCAUGGAAAGUCUUGGGAUGAGAUGACGGUAACGUGGUCAAGCGGUUACAGCAUAGACGAAGCGGUGCCAUUCGUUGAAUUUGGCAUGAAAGGCCAGGUUCGAUCGCUUUCGCCUGCUGGAACGUUAACGUUCAUUCAGAACAGCAUGUGUGGCGGAGCAGCACGCGGUGUGGGAUGGCGAGAUCCGGGCUUCAUACACACGAGUUUCUUGAAGAAUCUAUGGCCGAACAUGGCGUACACGUACCGAAUGGGGCAUAUGUUAAAAAACGGUAAAUCCGUAUGGAGCAAAAUGUACACGUUCAAGGCGUCUCCGUACCCCGGGCAAGACUCAUUACAACGCGUAAUAAUCUUCGGAGACAUGGGAAAAGGAGAGAGGGAUGGCGCGAACGCGUAUAGCAACAAGCAUCCGGGCGCACUUAACACGACCGAUACGCUCAUAAAAGAUUUGGACAACUUUGACAUAGUUUUACACAUAGGAGAUAUGUCGUAUGCCAAUGGAUACAUCUCUCAAUGGGAUCAAUUUUUGGCACAAAUGGAACCCAUUACUUCCAGAGUUCCAUAUAUGGUUGCUAGUGGAAAUCACGAACGUGAUUGGCCGAACAGUGGAUCGUUUUACGACACCGAUGAUUCUGGUGGCGAAUGUGGUGUGCCGGCCGAGACUUUGUUCUAUGUUCCCGCAGAGAACCGGGCUAAAUUUUGGUACUCGACGGAUUACGGGAUGUUUCAUUUUUGUGUAGCAGAUACAGAGCAUGAUUGGAGGAUUGGUACGGAACAAUACGCCUUCAUCGAGAAAUGCUUGGCGUCGGCCAACAGGCAUAAACAGCCGUGGCUGAUAUUUGCCGCUCAUCGUGUGCUUGGGUAUUCGUCAAACCAAUGGUACGGACUUGAAGGCUCGUUUGAGGAGCCCAUGGGCCGGGAACACUUGCAACCUCUAUGGCAAAAAUACAAGGUCGAUGUCGCCUUUUUCGGUCAUGUUCAUCAUUACGAACGAGUUUGCCCAAUUUAUCAGAAUCAAUGCGUGAACGAUGAAAAAAGUCAUUACUCGGGUACGGUGAACGGGACGAUUCAUGUUGUUGCGGGAGGUGGAGGGAGUCAUCUGUCGGAUUACACGGAAAUUGAUACGGUUUGGAGCAUUCACAAAGACCGCGAUUUUGGGUUCGUGAAACUAACGGCGUUUAAUCAAUCGUCAUUGCUUAUGGAGUACAAGAAGAGCAGUGACGGAGAAGUUUACGAUUCGUUCGUGAUAACAAGAGAAUACAGAGAUGUGUUGGCUUGUGUUCAUGAUGGUUGUGAGGCAACUACCCUUGCCACUUAAUUAGCUUCAAAUCUAGUGCUAAAAAUAAGUACUUUGUGCUUAGAAUGUUGUACUGUCAUCCCAUGGGAAAUAAACGAUGGCAAGAUGCCUUUUUGGAAA